UUCAGUUCUCGAGAAGAUGGUUUGCCAAUAUCUACUGGGAGCAAUUCUGGCUUCUGUUUUGGGUCUUGUUUUGCUAUACAAGAAAAUUCAGAAGCAGACCGUUUUUUCUUCAAAGAAAAUUCAGAAGGAGACAUUUUCAAUGAGCUCUGAUAAUGGAUUACCCCGUGACUCAGAGAUAGGUAGGAGUGCAGAUAUAAUCAUUGUUGGGGCAGGGGUUGCUGGUUCUGCUCUUGCUUACACUCUUGGGAAGGAUGGACGCCAAGUGAAAGUGAUUGAGAGAGACUUGACUGAACCUGAUAGAAUUGUUGGAGAACUUCUACAACCUGGAGGUUACCUGAAAUUGAUGGAGUUGGGGCUUGAGGAUUGUGUGAAUGAGAUUGAUGCUCAGCGCGUGUUUGGAUAUGCUCUGUUUAAGGAUGGGAAAAGCACCAAACUAUCAUAUCCCUUGCAACAUUUCGAAUCAGAUGUUGCAGGGAGAAGCUUCCAUAAUGGACGUUUCAUUCAAAGAAUGAGAGAAAAAGCAUCAACCCUUCCCAAUGUGAAACUAGAACAAGGAACUGUCACAUCUCUAAUUACUGAGAAGGGAACUGUUAAAUGGGUGCAGUACAAAACCAAGAAUGGUCAACAGCUGAUCGCUAAAGCUCCCCUUACAAUUGUAUGUGAUGGAUGCUUCUCAAAUUUGAGGCGCUCUCUCUGCAAUCCAAAGGUUGACAUCCCUUCUUGUUUUGUUGCUAUGGUCCUGGAGAACUGUAAGCUUCCGUAUGCAAAUCACGGACACGUUAUUUUGGCAGAUCCUUCUCCCAUCCUGUUUUAUCCUAUUAGUAGCACAGAGGUUCGUUGUCUGGUUGAUGUACCUGGACAAAAUGUUCCCUCAGUCUCUAAUGGCGAAAUGUCCCAUUUCUUGAAAACUGAGGUGGCUCCUCAGAUCCCCCCUGAGCUAUACAAUGCUUUCAUAUCUGCAAUCGAUAAGAGAAACAUAAGAACGAUGCCUAACAGAAGCAUGCCUGCUGCUCCCUAUCCAACUCCGGGUGCACUGUUGAUGGGAGAUGCAUUUAACAUGAGGCAUCCUUUGACCGGUGGAGGAAUGACUGUGGCACUCUCUGAUAUCGUUGUCUUAAGAGACCUCCUUAGACCUCUCCGCGAUCUAAAUGAUGCAUCUGCCUUGUGCAAAUAUCUGGAAUCCUUCUACACUCUACGUAAGCCAACAGCAUCUACCAUAAAUACAUUAGCCGGUGCCCUCUAUAAGGUGUUUAGCGGAUCAUCCGACCCAGCAAGGAGAGAAAUGCGCAAAGCAUGCUUCGAUUAUUUAAGCCUUGGCGGUGUUUUUUCAAAUGGACCAAUAGCUUUACUCUCUGGCAUGAAUCCUCGGCCAUUGAACCUGAUCCUACACUUCUUCGCUGUGGCUAUAUAUGGCGUUGGGCGCUUACUGCUUCCAUUUCCUUCGUUCAAACGCCUUCUACUUGGUGCUAGAUUAAUUUCGGGAGCAUCAAGCAUCAUUUUCCCUAUACUCAAGGCUGAAGGAGUUAGACAGGUGUUCUUCCCUGUAACCAUACCAGCUUAUUACAGAGUUCCUCCGGUUCAUCUAUGAGAACAGGAAACACAAGCAGGAUUGCAUUUUAGAACCAGCAAAUUCUUUUAUAUGAGUUAAUUUUUUGAAUUUUUAUUUGUAGCAUACCAUCUCUUGUCAAGAAAGAAGAGAGAUGAGGAUCCGUAACAGUGACCAAAAAAUCCUGUUCAAUUUCACUGCUAGUUCUAGAUUUGUAGGAUUUAAAGCUGUUGAGUAGCUUCUGAACUAUCCAAGUUGCAAAAUUUUCAUAGUAAAUGGAGUUAAUUUCCAGUA